AUGGAGGCGCUGCCGGUGCCGCUGCCCGCGGCCUCCCCCGCCGCUCUGCUGCCCGCCGCCGCCGCGGGCCCCGUCGUCGGGACGGCCAAGGAGGCGACGUCGCCGGCGCCGAGGCAGUCGAAGAAGAUCCUGGACGAGGACGCCUACAUCGAGAGCUUGGAGAAGAUCAUUCAGCGGGAUUUCUUCCCCGACGUGGAGAAGCUGCGGGCGCAGAAGGAGUAUCUGGAGGCUGAGGAAAACGGCGACUUGGAGAAGAGGGAAAUUGCCAUCAAGUUUGGCUCCUCCUUGAGCAAAUCGUCGAGGGACACACCUGCACCCUAUGUUACCCCAGCCACAUUUGAAACCCCAGAAGUACAUCCAGGCGGCCUUCCACUGGGAAGUAAAUCCAAAGGUGGCAUCAAAUCUUCAGAGGAAGGAGAAGCAGAAAAAGAUGAUAAAGAUGCCCUUCCCAGCCUGGACACCUUCCUGGCCAAGCACACGAGUGAAGAUAAUGCUUCGUUUGAGCAGAUCAUGGAGGUGGCCAAGGAGAAGGAGAAGGUCAAGCACGCGUGGCUGUACAGUGCAGAGGAGGAGUACACACGGCGCCAAAAUGAAAACCUGGCACUUCCUUCAGCAGAGCAGCAAGCUCUGGAGAAUGUGAAGGCUGGGCUGGAUACCUGGGAAUACACGGCUCGGAACACCCUCAUGUAUUAUCCAACAGGUGUGCCUGAUGAGAGUGAUGUCUUUAAGAAGCCCAGGGAAGUUGUCCAUCGAAACACCCGCUUUGUGAAGGACCCUUUUAGUCAAGCUGUGAGCAAAUCCCAGCUCCAGCAAGCUGCAGCCCUCAAUGCUCAGUACAAACAGGGCAAAGUGGGACCAGAUGGGAAAGAACUGAUACCCCAGGAGUCUCCAAAAGUGAACGGAUAUGGAUUUGUGGCUACCCCCUCUCCUGCCCCUGGUGUGAAUGAGUCUCCUUUUAUGACAUGGGGUGAAAUCGAGAGCACCCCUUUGCGUCUGGAAGGGUCAGAAACACCCUAUGUGGACAGAACACCUGGACCAGCCUUCAAGAUCCUGGAGCCUGGGCGCCGUGAGAGGUUGGGACUCAAGAUGGCCAAUGAAGUGGCAGCAAAAAACCGAGCAAAGAAGCAGGAGGCACUUCGAAAAGUGACAGAAAACUUGGCCAGGUGAGACUUCUGUUUUGACAGCAGGACUGAGGAUGGGUGUUAUCUGAUGGGAUUUAAAUCAGCAGAUGUAGAAAGGAAGGAAUGGUGGAAGGGAAGGAUAGUGGAAGCAGGAAGAGGUACAUUUGGACUGAAAGUUUUUAGAAAUUAAAAAUUUAGAUAUUAAAAAACUUAAUUCCUGAGGGAAGGUGCCUGGUGGCUGUCCCUGAUACUCUCUCUUGUCAGCAUUGCUGUUCUGCCCUACAACCACCCAGCAGUG